ACGCCCACCAGAAAGAACAUGACAUGGCUCUGCAGCUUCGUCCUGCACCUCUGAUCUGUGCGGACCAAGGUCGCAGCCGAAGCAGGACAGGUUCUGCUGAGCCCAAAGCCAGAUGGAGGACUUUGAAUACAGCUUGGAGAUCAGCGACCGAGACUGGGAGUGCUUUUUUGCAGAGUGUGAGGGGUGCAACCUUCUUCCUCCUUCUUUAGCAGGUGUGGAUGAUUCCGGCAUGAGUGAUUUCGAUGAAGCUUUUCUCGCCCAGAGAGCCCGAAGAGUUGACCCCACACCAGAAUCCCCAGUAAAUGAGCAUCCUGUCGAAGGCCCCCCAGAGUGUGGUGGCUCUCCUCCUGUGAAGCGGCACUUUGGGCAACAUGAGACCGGUGAAUUUGACAGUGUUCUCUCAGGCAGUGAGGAGGACAUACACCUGCAGUCUGUCAACAUAUUUUUUGAAAGGCUGAAAGGUCUAAGAGAGGCCGAGCCGAGCCAAGAGAGAGUUGAAAACAACAAAGAGGCAAAACAAGAGGAGCAACAAGUCAGUGGCAGGACUCUAUCAAAAAGCUGCCCUAAGCUGAACACGGUAUCCGAUAGGGUGGAAAGAGCACUUGGCAAAGAGACCGAGAGGCCGGUCGACACCAUCUGGAACAGCGACACAAUGAAAACAGUCACAGCUGAGUCUAACUUUUCCUCCGAACCUGAAACCUGCAGCACUUCUCCCCUCAGUUUUUGCAGAUCACCCGGAACAGAGUUGUUCAUAACAGAGGAAGACUUCACGGACAGCGCAGUGGACGAGGUGGCACAGUGGAGUCGGCUUCACGACUCGACAGAGAGCGUCGUUGGCUCAGACACAAAAGCUCAGCCCUACAGAUUGGAAAUGUGGAGAAGUAUGGACGACAUCAAGCGAGACGAUCUGGUGACGAGUCCGGAAACCUUCUGCAAAAAGUGCAGCUCCAGAGAAGACCAGAUGUCUACCCCAGAGGGCUCUCAGUUGGUCUCCAUGAGGAGGAAAAGGAAAAAGAAGAGGCGGUUCAGUCUGGAGGCAGGUGACGGUGGGCAUCUGUGUGAGAGGCACUCGAAGGAGAAGCAGUUAGCGGUAAAAGAGGGAAGACGUUUGUUUCUAUCAACAGAGACACUAGAUUUAAAAGAGCAGCAGAACAAUCUCACAUAUGUUCUCACUCCGAACCCCGCCACCAUCAAGUUCCCAGAGAAUUUCUCUGCUCAGGAGAUAAAAAUUGAGCUCUCCCUUUCUGUUUCCCCAAGUGACAAUCAAUGCCAGCGACUGCAACAAAGAACACGUACAGAUGGAAAUUAUCUAAGCGACCACACAGCCAGAGCCCCUCUGAGUCAGCGGGACAACACUGCUAAUGAUGCAGCAGAUUUACAGCUAAACGGCGAGUUUCAGGUCGCAGAAUCACCCGGUUCGAUAGAAAAUCCCUGCUUGACGGUUUCAGCUGCUGACGUGGAGACAGAAAAGUCAGAAAGUCAGAGGCAAGAAUUAAAAUCUGCCGUUCUUCAGCCGUGUGAUGAAAGAAAUGUGUCAGUCAGUGACUGCGAAAAUGAGCAACAUGUAAAACGUUCAGCAGCAGAGGUCAACUCCAUCAGCCCCUUAUCGAGCGCAGAGUCAUGUGCUCCUCCCAUGGACGUCGUCCAAAAUGGUAAACUAUCCGCUGCUAAGUCAGACCUGGCCACGGAGGCUGGAAAUUGUGGCCCGGACAAACGCGCGGCGUGUCAAUGUGAUUGUGAGCGUGUGGAACAGCUGGAAAGUUAUGGUCCAAACAUACAUCAAGGCGGCCCUGCAGUGGAGGAAACUCACCUUUCUGUAGACACAACUGGAGGGAUCAUUUCUCAGCCAAGGCCAUUCCAGGAUGAGACUCUGGAUGAAGCUCUCAGUGCUAAUUCAACAUCGGAGCACGUUGAUAAGUUACCUAACAAAAGCUGCUUGUCAGGAAAUGUUUCUGGUCUAGAUACAGAACAACAAACAGACCCUUCAGAGGUUCUAACUUCAAAUAUCUUCUCAGAGAAGACUAAAGAAGAGGAAAGCUCACUGAUUUUGGAAUCAACUAGCAACAGUCAGACGGAUAAUGAAGCUUCCCAAAGCGAAAACCUACAAGGAAGUUCUUCAGAUGUUAUCGAUGAAUCAACCUGUUAUAUUCUGGAUUGUACUCCAGAGUCUGUCCUUUCACUUUCCAAUGAAAACCACACAGACAAGUCUCCAGGUUUUUGUUCAUCUGUGAUUGGCCAUGAAUCUGUUCAAGAAGGAAAAGAGAAGCCGGAUCUCUUGGCUGAUAAAGAGGUAAACCAUGUUUCCUAUGGACCCAAAAGCCAAGAAGAAUUAAAGUUUGACUUGGCGAGCGAAGCAGACGAAGUUAUCGCUACGUCCGUAGAGACCGACAAACCAGAGAAGGCGCCGAAUUCUGUGUUUGCCAUGUCGUCGUUUUGGAGGGAGAUGGAGAAGCUGACAAUAAACGACAUUUUGGGUUUACGAAGCGCGUGCGAAUCCGCUCCACCUGGUCCACUUCCAGCUGUAAAGGAAAGUGAGGAAACGGUGGUCGAUUCAAACAGUUUUACAGGAGAGAAUGAGUUCAAGUUGGAAGAAGUCACAGAAGAAAUAAGUGAGGUCGUUUCGCCAUCUUCACAAGCUGUUACCUGGCAGAGUGAAUCUGUGCCAACCAGCCUAUGUCCAGAAAUGUGUCCAGAGCGCACAGUGUUGGAAUCUGAGACUUAUUCCUCCCAACCUGUCCUCACUGAAAAGGCUCAAAAAUACCUUAAAAAGAUUUCUAAAACAGUCAGUGUGCACAACUUGCAGGCUCUAGAAUCAGAGUCUUUUAGCUACACGUUCAAAGGUGAUGCACUGCAAACCUUAGACGAGCAAGAAACUGGAAACUUGACCUAUCUCACCGGGACUGCGGCAGCAAAGAAAGAAACAAAUUUACCUUCAUCCUCUGCAAACACCUACAGGAUCUCGUUCGCAGACAUAUUUCAGUAUUUCUUUGGAGAAAAACCGUCAGUUUCCAGCCAGUCAGCGAUGGAAGAUACAACCAGCAUCAACACGGGUGGAAACUCUGUCCCUGAAACAUACGAUCAUUUCUUUUCCGAGUUUGACAACGAGAGCUUCUUCUACCCGCUCGUAACGGCAGCAGAGAAAAGCAAAGACAAGCCAGUUCCCAUAUUCUCCUACUCUCGCUCAACCAGUAGAAACUACCAGUUCCCAGAGGCCUACGAGCAUUUCUUUGCGUCCUCCUCAUCUGACGAUUCCUCCGCCGAAUCCGACGAAGAAGAAAACUACCGCCCUGUGAAGGUGGUGAGCAGGUUCAGCCGCAAAGUCAGCUCCACUCAGGUUACCACCGACGUAUACGAGAAUUUCUUCACAGACGGCGACCUCACAGGGAGCCUCUUCUCUUUGAGUUCGCUCUCCUUCCGGAAGAUUAGCUUCGCAAAUCCUGCAGCCCGGGAGGAAGGGACGACCUCGCUGGUACCUGUGAGGCAGAGCUCCAGACACCAGCUUCAGAAAAGAGGUUUUCCAGUCAAUGCGCUGGGCAAUCCAGACGUGAUGUUUCCCGAUCCGCUGCUGUACCAGCUGGAGGAGAGGAUCUCCAGACAGCUCGCUCUGCAGCCUUGCAGAUACGAAGGCCUGGAGGUGGCUGUUUCUAACCCAAUCACAUAGCUCAGUCUUUGUCCAAUCUGACGAUAAAACUUCUGUCUGAAAGACAAAGCUGCUAAGUCCAGUUUGAAGGUGCUGAGCCGUGGAGCAGGAGCUUCUUUCUUGUCCAGCAGCCUCUCAGCUCUUGGAUAUUUAAAACCACCUUUACUGUGGGCAGUGACCACGGUGCUCAGGAACUUCAGUCCUAUGAUUGGCUGGAGCCUUGCUGCUUCUCAGGUGCUUUCUGAACCUCUCAAUCACUUUUUUCCUCAGCUUUGAGGUUGGGUGUUUAUGCAGGGCAAUGAUCCCAAGUAAAAAUAGCAUACCUAGUCCUCUGGAAAACGAGUGGUUUAAAACAAAUCAAUAUAAAGCAAAAGUUUAAUCUGCCAUUUUUGCCCCUGAGAAGUGCCUCAAAGCUUCUCAACAGAAAUGCAUCUGACUAUGCUGCUAAACCAGACCAAAUUUAGUUUCAUCCUCUGGACAACGCAGCAGUAACUUAUCUGACCUCUGCAGUCAGUCUCUCUUUGUUUAUGUCACAUGUGGGCGGUUGUGAUGCAGGAAUGUCAUCCACUCUGCCGUAGCAUUGGCGGCCGGGACGGAUUCUCUUUCCUCAGCUGUCAGAUGACACCGAGAGAACGUCAUGUCAGAGCCAGGAGGCAUGGUCCUACGUGAUAACUCGACUUCACUCAAUGAGGGUCUGCUCUAAGCUGCCAAGACCUCCGUGAUUUAUGCUUGGAGGGGAAGUCAGAACACCUCCUCUUGGAGGAGAGUCUGUUUCAAAAUCCCUCUUUUACAAACUCAAGUAGCCCUUGAUGAAUGUUUGGGUUCAAGUGUAAGUUUACAAAAAGUGCCAUUUUUAUGAAAAUAAACUUGCAUGUGAGAAAUUAGUGCAGGUUUAAUGGACUUCUCAGCCAACCUGCUGAGAAUAAUGUCCUUUCCUGGAUUAAUAAAUAGCGUUUUGUAAACCUGUUGUGCUGCAGUUCUAUAAAUAC